AUGAAGCCCAAAAACCAGGAAUGGGAUGAAGAUUUCAAAGAGAAGAUAAAGAUAAUGGAAAAAUGUGAACUAGGAAAAUUUCACAAGUUCAUCUGCCAUAAAACACAAAUUAGAUCAGAAAAAGAAGGCGAAAUUUUGAACAUAAUGAUUAAGAAAGGUUAGUAUAUAUAACAGACUUUAUCGAUUGAAUAAGAAGGACAUCCAUUUUCACAUCCAACAUCUCCAUUAUCAUUAAUAUUUGCAACUGUUCAGCAUUAAGAAUGCUUAGAUGGUAAUUUAUUUGAAAAUCUUCCUUAGGUUUAAGUAUUGAAAAUUUAAUUGUAGAUAUGAAUAUUAUCUUCAUCUUCUUUUUCUUAUUAGUUUCUAUUGGUUUCAAUCUUAUUUCCUAAUUCUUUCUUUGUUAUUAAAUUUACAAUAAUGUUGGAGCAGUUUGA